ACCAUCAGGCAACCUCCAGAUCAUCAAAACACAAUAUAGAUGUGUUUCUGCAAUGCUUGGCUUAUUUCACUAAACAGAAAAAUAGACAUAAAUCCAAGUCAUCCGAGGUGAAAAACGCGUAAUUCAGUGGAGAGAAGCAGCAACUCUGGGCCGGAUGGAAAAGGCAGCGCAUCCGCUUAGCUAAGACGAGCGACAAACUUUCGAAGGCCGUGUGAGUCUCCCUUCAUCCACGCUCGCUGAAACGGGGAGUCUGAGACGAAACAUUUGUCUGGUGGAAAAGAUUUUAGUGAAACAUGAGGAACAGUUAGUGGUGUAAACGAACGUGUCUGUGUUUGGACCGACAGCUGUUGAGGUGGCAAGCACAGAAAUGAGCAACCAAGGCAUACGGCAUCGGCGGUGGCUGCUGAUGCUGACAGCAAUAGGCCUCGGCUGGGUCGUCGCUACCACCGUCACUGUCCUAGGCAUGUUCAUGACAGCCUGUCGGAGGAGAGUCAAGCCUGAGACGGACGAUGAUGUAGGCCUAUGCCAUUCUUCCUCGCUGCAUGAGGGGUACGCCAUGGUGGGCUUUGGCUCCCUCAUGAACGUGGCUUUGCUGGUGACUAUGCUGGUGCUUCUUAUGAAGGACCGAAGGAAGAACCGAGUCAAGCCAGACCCGCCGCCCGACUACGAGAGCCUCAUCAAGGACGAGACGCCUCCGCCCUCCUACUUCGAGCUCAGCCUCGGGGACUCCGACCCUCCGCAAGAUAUCGUUGCCGUCGCGAGGGCCCACGCCCGCAGACACGAGUGGCUCUACACCGCCCACAACAACGUCAGUUUCUCCGCCCACACCCACGCCCACGACGGUCCCGACGGGCGCGCCUUGCACCAAGUCCCCGUCUUCGGAGGCGUCCCUCACGGCUUCGCUCGAAGUUUAUUCGAAUGAUCUCACGAUAUUUCUCUAAGAGAGUCUUUUAAUCUUAUUUAUGGAUAUUAUUAUACUAGAUUAAAAUUACCUCCUUGUAA